CAUAACAGGAAGUAUGGAAGUGUGCAAUAAACGUUGGCGAGAAGGAGGGCAACACUGAAGGGAAAGAAUGAGUUUACAGUAACGCAGUGUACUGUAUCAGGAAAAAAGCCGACGCCCGCAGCGCCCAUGGGUGUCGGCCAGGGACAACGUAUUGGGAUUUGCAUCAAAUAGAUUUUUCUGGGAACACGGUGGUCCCCCCCAAUUUCUCUCAGCGGAUUGUCCACAUAUGAUGGAACGGGCGAUGGAGCAGCUUAACGUACAGCUCAACCGACUAACCCGCUCCCUCCGCCGGGCCAGGACUGUGGAACUCCCCGAAGACAAUGAAACUGCAGUGUACACACUAAUGCCAAUGGUUAUGGCUGACCAACACAGAUCAGUGUCAGAGUUGCUACUGAACUCCAAGUUUGACGUAAACUAUGCCUUUGGACGUGUGAAGAGAAGUCUGCUUCACAUUGCUGCCAACUGUGGAUCCGUGGAGUGUCUUGUUCUGCUGCUGAAGCGAGGUGCCAACCCAAACUACCAGGACAUCUCAGGUUGUACCCCACUGCAUCUUGCUGCAAGGAAUGGCCAGAAGAAAUGUAUGGGCAAACUACUGGAAUAUAACGCUGAUGUCAAUAUCUGCAACAAUGAGGGAUUGACUGCUAUCCACUGGUUGGCCGUGAACGGUCGCACUGAGCUCCUUUACGAUCUUGUCCAGCAUGUGUCCAACGUGGACGUUGAAGAUGCCAUGGGGCAAACUGCCUUGCAUGUAGCCUGUCAGAAUGGACACAAAACUACCGUGUUGUGCCUCCUGGACAGCGGGGCUAACAUCAACCGACCAAAUGUCUCAGGGGCCACACCGCUUUACUUUGCCUGCAGCCAUGGCCAAAGAGACACGGCACAGAUCCUGCUUUCUCGUGGAGCCAAAUACCUUGCUGACAAGAAUGGGGUCACUCCUCUCGAUCUCUGCGUGCAGGGAGGAUAUGGCGAGACCUGCGAAAUCCUCAUUCAGCAUCAUAGCAGACUCUUCCAGAUACUCAUUCAGAUGACACAGAAUGAUGACAUAAAAGAGAACAUGCUCAGGCAGGUUUUGGAGCAUGUUUCUCAGCAGAGUGACAGUAAUUAUCAGAGAAUCUUGACAAGUCUGGCUGAAGUUGCCACCACUAAUGGACAUAAACUGCUGAGCUUAUCCAGCAGCUACGAUGCCCAGAUGAAGAGUCUAUUGAGGAUUGUUCGCAUUUUCUGCCACGUAUUCCGCCUUGGUCCUUCGUCACCCAACAAUGGCAAUGAUAUGGGCUACAAUGGCAACAAGACUCCCCGUAGCCAGGUCUUUAAGAUGCGUAUGAGACAAGGGGAUGCUGUUCCAAAAGACACUUGGACAGCUUCUGCUGUAUUAGAUCCCUUGGAGCUGCUUUGGCACUCUCUGGACGAGUGGCUCGUAUUGAUCUCCACUGAACUAGACAGAAACAGGAACCCCUCGUGCACCUCUUCCAACAGCGAGAUAGCCUCCCUGCUUCUCAAACAGCGGGAAGUCGAUCAUUCAAGCACCACACCAAAGCACCCCGCCUCCCUGGACUCUCAGAUUGUCAUGGAAACAGAAGUGUAUGCUGAUGGGGAAGACGUUAUCUCCAUGACAGCCAAUCGGCUCAGUGCUGUGAUCCAGGCCUUCUACAUGUGCUGCUCUUGCCAGAUGCCACAAGGAAUGACAUCCCCUCACUUCAUUGAGUUUGUCUGCAAGCACGAUGAGGUGCUGAAGUGCUUUGUAAACAGGAAUCCAAAGAUAAUCUUUAACCACUUUCACUUCCUGCUGGAAUGUCCAGAGCUGAUGUCGCGUUUUAUGCAUAUCAUUAAGGGCCAGCCCUUCAAGGAUCGCUGUGAGUGGUUUUACGAGCACCUUCUGGCCGGACAGCCAGACUCAGACAUGGUUCAUCGACCAGUUAAUGAGAGUGACAUCCUGCUCAUCCAUCGAGACUCAAUAUUUCGGAGCAGCUGCGAGAUGGUUUCAAAGUCCACGAAUGAGAAACUGAAGCAAGGGAUUGCUGUUCGCUUUCAUGGCGAGGAAGGGAUGGGUCAGGGUGUUGUCCGGGAAUGGUUUGACGUUCUGUCCAAUGAGAUCAUCAAUCCAGACUACGCUCUUUUUACUCAGUCAGCUGAUGGGACCACGUUCCAGCCCAACAGCAACUCCUCUGUAAACCCAGACCACCUGAACUACUUCCAAUUUGCAGGCCAGAUCUUGGGUUUGGCUCUGUAUCACAGGCAGCUGGUUAAUAUCUAUUUCACCCGCUCCUUCUACAAACACAUCCUGGGAAUCCCAGUGAAUUACCAGGAUGUCUCAUCCAUUGAUCCAGAGUAUGCGAAGAACCUGCAGUGGAUUUUAGACAAUGACAUUAGCGAUCUGGGUCUGGAACUCACCUUUUCUGUGGAAACAGAUGUGUUCGGUGCCAUGGAGGAAGUUCCGCUCAAACCAGGAGGCACAAGCAUUGUUGUGACUCAGGACAAUAAGGCAGAGUAUGUCCAGCUGGUGACUGAGCUGAGAAUGACAAGGGCCAUCCAGCCUCAGAUAAAUGCCUUCUUGCAAGGAUUCCACACUUUCAUCCCAGUCUCGCUCAUUCAGCUUUUUGAUGAAUACGAAUUGGAGCUCCUCCUGUCAGGGAUGCCAGAGAUUGAUGUGCAGGAUUGGUACAGAAACACUGAGUACACCAGUGGCUACGACCCUCAGGAGCCAGUCAUCCAGUGGUUUUGGGAAGUGGUGCAGGGUCUCACCCAGGAGGAACGAGUUCUGAUGCUUCAGUUUGUCACUGGAAGUUCCAGGGUUCCUCAUGGUGGCUUUGCCUAUUUGAUGGGAGGGAGCGGUUUACAGAAGUUCACUAUUGCUGCCGUGCCAUACACCUCCAACCUUCUGCCUACCUCCAGUACUUGUAUCAACAUGCUGAAGCUGCCAGAAUACCCCAGCCAGGAAAUUCUGAGAGACCGCCUCCUGGUAGCGUUGCAUUGUGGGAGCUACGGGUAUACCAUGGCAUAAAACAUCCUAUCGCUUAUGCUGCUUGGAGGGUAUACAUAGUGAUGCACCCUCCCUCCAAACAUUGUCUUUGUCUUCACUUGCUGUUUUUGCUGGACAAAAAAAGGGAAAUCCAUAUUUGUUGGGAAACAAAAGUUGGAAUAGCACUUCAGAUUGAAAAGAGGUGAGCUGAGCUGCCUCCAAAAACUCUCCAUCCUCAUUCCUUACCUAUUAUGCCUGGUGUCUGUUUUUUUUUUUCUUUACACAUUUGACAAUGAUCCAAAUGAUCCAUGAUGGUGAUAUAUGAUAUUGCAUAUGUACAUAUUGAGAAUACAUAAAAAAUGAGUUUCGAUAUGUCGGAGUCACUUUUUUUUUUUUUAAACCUAGAUGGAAUAUUUUACUACUCUAUGAAGAUUAAGCAGUUGAAAAAGAGUUGAAAGGUACAGUGAUAAUCAGUGGCAAUCCGAAUGUUUUGCAUGUUGUGGUAUUCUCUAUAUUGUGGCCUCGCAAGCAAGUAAAGUUAACAUUCCCAUGCUGUUAACAGCAUCAUUAUUAUUAUUAGCAGCAAGGUUUUAGUUUCACUACUGUCAAUUAAAAUGUUGCCAACAUACGCAUCAAUUAUAUUGUCAAGUAAAUACUAUAUUGUGCCAACAGUUGCUAGCAAUCAUUGCGUUAAGUCACCUUUUUUUAUUUCCCUGAAUGCUGCUGAAUUAUGGACCAUUUGCACGGUAACACAUAAGGCGGUGGAAAGGUCAGGUGCCGUUACGGUUUCCGCUGACAAUAUGUUUUUUUUUUGUUUUUUUUUUUAAAAUGAGUGAUAACCUGGAGUUGUGUAAUAAAUGUACUAGUCAAUAA